UCCACCCAGUCCCAGUCGAGUUCUUCUUCCAGCUAUCAAAUGUAAAAGUGUCUGGGUCUGGGAACUUGUGAUGCUGGGUAGCCUCUCAUGAUGAGGCUACAAAUGCUGGCUCAGCAUGACAAGUUUUUGAGCUCCUAGGUGUUGCCUAUUCUGCAUGACAAACUGCGCUUCUGCAUCACAGAAAAACGCAGAUCUUGGGUAACGUGCAUGACAGAUUUAAGAGUCAUGCCAGACAAGCAUGACAAACAUGAAUUCUUCCAGACCCAGACAUUUUUACAGUUGAUACCAGCCCCUGCAGCUGCCAGGACGGCGCUUGCGUGCUGUCAUCGACGGACGCGGGGGGCGUGUGCUACACGAGCUUCGACAAAGUAUCAAAACUGAAAACGUCUGGGUCUGGAAGAUCGCAAAAAAUUGUCAUGCGCUUCGCCUUUGCACCUGGAAGAAAGUCGUGUGGAAUUCUGCAGACGCGCACAGUUGUAGAGCAUGACAAGGUCUGCAGAGGCUUCUCUACUUGCGUUAUUUGCAUGAGAAGCAGAAAUAAUGCCCGUUUCGACAGACAACUUCUUCUGAAAAGCGCUCUGCUACUAAAUACAGAUUUUUCUUCAUCUUGUUCACUCGUCGAGACUCAGACUCACACACAAGUUUGUAUCCCGCCUCUAGGUCCAGACAAUUUUGCAAUGCAUCAAGAUCGUGUGGCUACAAAAGCGCGUUCACAAUGUGGACGAUGCGGACGGGGAUCGACAGGUGGAUACGGUGAAGAAGUAUGACGGAAGGCGACAGAAUAUGAUUCCUGGGGUUGUAAAACUAAUUGUCAACACGCUAAAGAAAAAAAGUGGAGUCAUCAAACAAACUGUCGCCCAGAGGUGCUCGCGCGUUGUGG